CCCUCUUGGAAUGUGGCUGCGCGGCGGGUGUCCCCUUUCGGGCGCCGUAGGCCGGGUUCCUAUUGGCUAGGCCUGUUUGGCGCCAAAGCGCUUAGCGGAGACGGAGGCGAGAGACUGGCGCUGUAGGACUGGAACAGAGUGAGGCGGCCGAGAGCGCAAAGACCGUUUCGGCGUGAGAGCUGCGGGUCGGCAAGGUCACGGGAGCGGGAAGCCUCCGCCAUGUUCUGCGAAAAAGCCAUGGAACUGGUCCGCGAGCUGCACCGCGCGCCGGAAGGGCAGCUGCCUGCCUUCAACGAGGAUGGACUCAGACAAGUGCUGGAGGAGAUGAAAGCUUUGUAUGAACAAAACCAGUCUGAUGUGAAUGAAGCGAAGUCAGGUGGACGAAGUGAUUUGAUACCAACUAUCAAAUUUCGACACUGUUCUCUGUUAAGAAAUCGACGCUGUACUGUAGCAUACCUGUAUGACCGCUUGCUUCGGAUCAGAGCACUCAGAUGGGAGUAUGGUAGCGUCUUGCCAAAUGCAUUACGGUUUCACAUGUCUGCUGAAGAAAUGGAGUGGUUUAAUAAUUAUAAGAAAUCUCUUGCUACUUAUAUGAGGUCACUGGGAGGAGACGAAGGUUUGGACAUUACACAGGAUAUGAAACCACCAAAAAGCCUAUAUAUUGAAGUCCGAUGUCUAAAAGACUAUGGAGAAUUUGAAGUUGAUGAUGGCACUUCAGUUUUAUUAAAAAAAAAUAGCCAGCACUUUUUACCUCGGUGGAAGUGUGAGCAGCUGAUCAGACAAGGAGUCUUGGAGCACAUCCUGUCGUGACCAUGCACCGAGGCACCCCCAGGCUUCACCAACUCAUGGACUCCUGUACUUCCUGUCUCUACCCUCCCAUCACCUCCCUCUGUGAUUUUAAGAGCUAUAGACAUUGUUUAAGAUAACUAAGAAUACUUGGCCAAGAAGUAUAACUUGCUAACUAUUAAGGACUUUUUAAAAAAAUGUUGUACACUAUUCUUCCUUCUCCUUUUUGGUUUUGUUUUUGUUUUUUGGUUUUUUUUUGUAGAGACAGUGUCUCACUAUGUUGUCCAGGCUGUUCUCAA